AUGGCAGGUAUUUUCAACGUCAAAGACCAGCUCGCCUUUUACGGCUCCUACCACAGCAACAAGGUCAACGUCGCCAUCCACAUUGUAUGCGUUCCUCUCAUCGUCUGGUCCACGCUCGUUUGGCUCUCUGCUGUUCCAUUACCAGAAUCCCUCCAAGCGUUCAAUCUCCCUAGCUUGUAUGUGAACCAGUACAUCAGCUUCCAGCCAACAUGCGCCUGGCUCUUCGUUGCCGCAUACGAGACGUACUACUUCAUUCUCGAACCCGUUGCAGCACUCAUUUACCUCCCUGAAUUCCUCCUUUCUCUCGGAGUCGCAAACUCUUUUUCACAUCGUCCAAAUGCCAUGCUCGAAGCAACAGCUGUGCACGUCUUUUCCUGGAUCAUGCAAUUCAUCGGCCAUGGUAAAUUCGAAGGCAGAGCCCCUGCCUUGUUGGACAAUCUGGUCGGCGCCCUCUUCCUCGCGCCCUUUUUCGUCCACCUCGAGAUCCUCUUCGCACUCGGAUAUCGUCCAGAUCUCCACAAGGCUCUCAAGAACUCGGUAGGUGUCAAAGUCACCGAGUUCCGCAAAUCCAAGGCGCAAGAACAGAGAUCUGCAAAGAAGGAGCUCUAA